AUGACUACUACAGCCUGGCUCAACGGUCCCUCCUUCCUCUCUAACCCCUCGUUCAACCGUUUUGAAUCCAAUUCCUACGGACUUAUCAAUCCUGAAAACGACGUUGAAAUCCGUCCAGUAGUGACAACCUUCACCACCCACUCAUCCCCCGUGCUGCUUGAUGCUCAUCGCUUCAGGAAGUUCUCCACAUGGACGGCACUUACACGAGCCAUUGCUCGCUUGAUCCACAUUUCUCAGUCAUUUAAGAAAGAGACUAGACCGAAGGACUGCAAGGGCUGGCAUUACUGUCGAGCACCAUUUCCAGUAGAAACACUGGCGCAAUCUAACAACUUGAUCCUCCGGUCGGCGCAAAGGGACACAUAUGCUUUGGAACUCUCUUGCUUUUUACAGCAUAAGGAACUUCCCAAGAGCAGUGCACUCAGGAAAUUAGAUCCCUUCGUAGACGACCAAGGUCUCCUCAGAAUCGGAGGUCGCACACGAAGAGCAGGACUAGACCAUAGCGAGAUGCACCCUGUUAUCUUAUCUGGCAAGCACCAUAUAACGUCCCUACUCGUUAGGCACCACCACAAGCAGGUACACCACCAGGGACGUCACUUCACAGAGGGCGCAGUCCGUGCUGCUGGCUUCUGGAUUGUUGGUGGAAAGAGAAGCAUCAGCAAAACCAUCCACUAUUGCGUAAUUUGCAGAAAGCUCCGAGGACCUAUGCAGAUCCAAAAGAUGGCAGACCUACCAGAAGACCGCCUAUCCAUGGAACCUCCCUUCACAAAUGUGGGGCUUGAUGUUUUUGGGCCUUGGCCCAUUACUUCACGUCGAACUAGAGGGGGCUUGGCCCACAGCAAGCGGUGGGCCACAAUAUUCACAUGCAUGACCACAAGAGCUGUUCACAUCGAGGUCUUGGAGUCACUCGACACAUCAAGCCUGAUAAAUGCUCUCAGGCGCUUUUUUCAUCCGGGGUCCUGCAAGACUUAUCCGUUCGGACCAAGGCUCCAAUUUUGUCGGAGCAAGAAACGAACUCGGAAUCAAUUCCACCCUAGACACAAGUGCUGUGGGUAA